CAACGUUGAGUUUGUUCCAAACACGAUUGUCUAUCAAGAACGAUGGGUGUUCUCCUGUCCAAAAAGCAAACCAAGACGCGACAGAGCUUCCAGGUCAAUGUAGCACCUCAGGACGCAGACCAUAAGGGAGAGGAGGCCGCUGACCAUAAGGGAGAAGAGGCCGCUGGCCCGAGUAAUCGGGAAGACCAUUCGGGGAAAAGGAGGAACGAAGAUGACGACACUGAAUCUCAGAAGAGUUCCGAAAGCGAACAAAGGCCGAAAAGUGACGAUGAUGAUUCCGAUAACGAUGAGAAGAACAAAAGUGAUUCUGAAAAGGAAGAAAGCGUUAGUGAAGACAAUGAAGACAAAAAGAGCAGAGGUAGUUCUUCGGCAAGCAGCAAGAAAAGUAAAUCGUCGCAGGAGGAUGAAGAAAAAGAAGAACGAGUUGAAGAGACAAAAAACAAAGACGUCGAAGUGAAAGAAGGCGGUGUCAAAGACGUCGUCUUGGCUCAGAAUGAGGUGAACUUGAGUUACGAGAAAAAAGUAGAGAAAGCCUUGGUUGGUGAUAUGGAUUUUGAAUAUCCAGAAAAAGCCAAAAUCGUGAGGAUUUUUACCAGCUCCACUUUCACAGACACCUCGGUUGAACGUAACACAUUAAUGGAGCGAGUAUACCCUCGACUUAAGUCCUACUGUCAGGAGAGAGGAUACGACUUUCAGGUGGUGGACAUGAGAUGGGGAGUCCGGGACGAGUCCACUGAUGAUCACAUGACCACUGAGCUGUGCAUGAGAGAGCUACGCGCAUGUCAGAAGCUAUCAACUGGACCCAACUUUAUAACCUUUCUAGGGCAAAAAUAUGGUUACCGUCCUUUUCCAGUGAAGAUUCAUGUCGCUGAGUUUGAGAAGCUCCUCAACGCUGUUGACAAGCAAGACGAUGCUGCACUCCUGAAACACUGGUUCUGGCGAGACGACAACUCAGUUCCAGCUCAAUAUUUGUUACAGCCAAUUACAUCACUGCUACCUCAUUACAGGGACUACGCGAAUGAAGAGUCACGUAAGAAGGCGUCUGCUGAAUGGUGGACAGCGUUUGAAAGAAUGCAGGUUAUUUUGAGGGUGGCCGCUGACAAGGCGUUAGACAAUGAGGCAGAGCGACAUAAGUACUACAUGUCAGUGACAGAGGAUGAAAUUCGAAGAGGGAUUAUCAACGCUACUGGAAAGGACAACCAUUGCUUCUGGUUCAGGAGGGUUAUCACUGACAUCAGUGAUUUUGUCACGGAUCCCAACACUGGAAAGUUUGUCGACAAACGCUGGGGAAAUCCUUCGUCGGUGGAUGAGUCGGCGCAGACGUUGCUAGAAGAGCUCAGAGAGAAAGACCUACCUGAGGUUUUGAGCAAGAACAACAUCAUUCAAUAUGACGUCAAAUGGCAUACUAAUGGUAUCGAUCCAAGUGCUUCACAAGAGCAUGCGCAAUACAUUAAGAAGCUUUGUACAGACUUUUAUGACACCUUAACUGACAGAAUUAACCGAGGUAUCGAGGAAGACCAGUCAACCAACAAGGAGGACAUCUUGACCGAAGAAGUGUUCCAACAUGGUUCGUUUUGUAGGAAGAAAUGCGGGAUGUUUCAGGGCCGAGACGAAUUUUUGACCGAAGUGAAGGACACGAUCCUGGGAGAACGAAUUGCUGUGUUGCAUGGGGAAUCAGGUUCUGGGAAGACAUCUCUGAUGGCUAAAGUUGCCAUGGAUGUGAAGAAAUGGCUCGGUGGAGAAUCAGCCACAGUGGUGACUCGAUUUAUUGGAACAACUCCAGAUUCGUCGAAUGCAAGAUCAUUGUUACAUAGUAUCUGUCAACAGAUUUCAAAGACUAAUGAGGAUUCCCAGGGUGCAACGGUGCCACAGGAUAUGAGGUCUCUAAUGGAAUUUUUCCCCAAAUGCUUGGAAGAAAACGCUUCAUCGAAGCCUAUUAUCCUGGUUCUUGAUUCCCUGGAUCAACUGUCGGAUGAUGACGGAGGUAGAGAGUUGGACUGGGUGCCCAAGGAGAUGCCAAACAAUGUUUUUCUGAUCUUGUCAACGCUUCCUGGUGAAAAGUACAUUUGCUUUCCCAAGCUUCAGGAAAAAUAUGAAGCCUCUGUCCUUUUAGAAGUUCCGAAAAUGCCGGUCGACACAGCGAAGCAAAUACUAAACAACUGGUUCAAAUCAAGUGGACGACAGCUACAAAAGGAGCAAGAGGAGAUUGUCUUGGAGGCCUUUGCAAAGUGUCCAUUGCCUCUGUACCUGAAGUUAUGUUUUGACGAGGCCUGUCGAUGGAAAUCCUAUACGACUCCAAGUGAGACCAAACUGACGCCAUCUAUUAAGGGAAUAAUUCAUGACCUUCUUGACCGUGUAGAAAGACUUCAUGGAAAAGUCCUUGUAAGCCAAGCUUUAGCGUACAUUACAGCGUCUAGGAAUGGUUUGACAGAGCCCGAGCUGGAAGACAUCCUUUCCCUGGAUGAUAUGGUUCUAAAUGACGUUUAUCAAUACUGGACACCACCAAUUCGUCGGUUACCUCCUUUACUAUGGAUUCGAAUCCGAUCCGACAUUGGAGACUACCUCAUUGAACGAGGUGCCGACGGCGCUCGAGUUAUUAACUGGUAUCAUCGCCAAUUCAUAGAAGUUGCCCGUGAGCGCUACCUUGGAGACGAUCAAGCAGUCAGUAUCUAUUCAAACCUGAGCGAGUAUUUCCUCGGCGACUGGUCAGAUGGCGUGAAGAAGUCUUAUGUGGACAAGGGUGGCAAGAAAAUGGCGAUGGAUCGACUGGUGCCUAAACAGCCGCUUAUGUUCGAUGUAAGCGAAGACAAACCUAUCUUCAAUUUGCGCAAGCUAAGUGAAUUACCGCAUCAUCUUCUUCAUUCCAAACAAAUUGAAAAGCUCAAACAGGAUACUCUGUGCAACUUCGAGUUCCUUCUUGCCAAGGUCCAAGGCAGUUCUGUGGAAUCAGUGCUACAAGAUUUCAAUACCGCUCUUACCCUUUAUCCCGACGACAGGGAGUUUGACCUCCUCCAAAAAUGCCUCAGUUUGUCAGCGCACGCACUCAGACAGGAUUCUCGUCAGUUGCCUGUUCAGCUAAUAGGCCGCCUAUACAAGUACAUGCACAAGCAAGAAUUCCCAUAUCUGAAAAAGGUGUUAGUAGCUGCCCAUGCUCCAUCUGUACCAGCGUUCAUUCCAAGCCAACAGUGCGUGACACCCGCUGGUGGCUCUCUGAUAAAUUCCCUAUCAAAUGAAGAGUUCCACGGUGGUAUUGAGUAUGUGAAUUUUACGAUUGAUUCCAAGACAAUCGUGACAUGUAAUCGUGGUUCAGAAGGACUAUGCUUACUCUACCUUGAUGCAAAGAGUGGAAGAAGGCAGAGAAAGGUCUGUUUCGACUCUUCUGAAACGGAUGUAAACGCGUGCUGGUGCGCAAAAAUAAGUAAAAACAACGACGACAUUUUUAUCGCGUCGGGGUCCUCGGCCAACAUGUACCUCAUCAAUGCGAGGACGAACAAGAUCUUACAAGAGUACAAACCCAUGAAAGAUCAGGGGAACUGGUUCAGAAGAUUUCCUUCCGUUGCUUUUACCGGGAAUGACGAGCUGAUUGUUGCCCUCGGGGAUUCCAGUGUGCGAAUCUGGGAGACCGCAAGUGGUAAGCUUCUUCAUGACAUAAUUGUCAAAGGCAUCAACGUCGAGGAAGAAUUUGGGUCUUUGGACGCGAACGGAGAACUCGCUGUUUAUUGCGUACGCAACACAAAGACGGUUCACGUACUAAAUGUGAAAACUGGGGAGGAAGUCCGUUCGAUAAACGUAGUGUUGGACAAAGAGGAGAUCCGAGGGGAGAUGGAAGACACGAAAGUAAAAGAAAUCCACCUUACUUCCAGGAAGCAGUUACUCGUGGUAUCAGAAGCCUAUGUUAAGUCACAACUAAAAGUCUACAAUGCUGAAACUGGUGACUAUGUUUUAGACCUCAAAGACUUCGGAAUCGGCUACAGCAACCGCCUCAUCGUAAGUGAGGAUGGUAGGAAUGCGACAGCUAUAAGAAAUAAUUAUGAACUGGUAAAAUGGGACCUUCACACGGGCGAACCCACCAUCGUAGCGAGGCUACAACCAGCAUUCGGUACCUAUGGACGUAACUGAGAUGUUGUGGCAACAGCU